AUGGCACAAGAAACAGAAAUGCUACCUUCUUUAUCUUCUCUUCUAUCCGGAACCGAAAUUUCGUCUAGCACCGUAUCACCAAGCUUCGUCAACCCAAGAACAAAUUUUCAUCUAGAUGACCGUGGAUCCAUAAAACUGCCCCCUCUGAACACCAGUAUACACCGUCCAAGAUCCGUAGAAAGCGCCCUGAGGCACACGGUUACGUCCCAGAACAAAAAUAGUAGCCCCUAUGGUGAUGACUUGCCCAAGCAUACACGAUCAGAUUCUGCUUUAUCGUCUCAAUUCAAUAGUUCGCAAGAAACAGUCGAUGAACUGCAAGAAAACGUUUUAUUGACACCUCUCAACAACAAAAAAAAACAUUAUUCAGUUUCUUCAAAGAAGAAUGAUAUAUUAACACCACUAUCUGCAGCUAAGUCGAUCAUAAUCCCUUCUGCUUCUAAGGAGAAAAGACGUGCAUUUGCCUUUAUCACACACUCCCAGGAGACCUUUCCCAAAAAGGAACCCAAGAUCGAUAAUGCUCCACUAGCACGUCGAAAGAGAAGAAGAACAUCGUCGCAGGAGUUAUCCAUACUUCAGGCUGAAUUUGAAAAAUGUCCCGCACCAUCGAAGGAGAAGCGUAUUGAAUUGGCUGAUUCUUGCCAUAUGACUGAAAAAGCUGUUCAAAUAUGGUUCCAGAACAAAAGACAAGCGGUUAAGAGACAGAGGAUUGCCACUUCUAAGUCAAGUGCUAUAAUACAGACUGUAUCUCCACUUUCUCCACUUUUAGACGUUCAUGUUACACCUCUAGCAUCCAGAUCCAAGACGGAAAUACUUCGCGAUGGAGACUCCUCUUGUUGUUCUUCUUCUUCUUCACCAUUGGAAAACACGCCGCCAAGACCCCAUCAUUCUUUGAAUAGACGUUCAUCCACACCCAACAUAAAGAGAAGUCAGGCCCUAACUUUUCACUUGAACCCACAUAAGAAGACAUUGACUCCUGUGAAAACAUCCCCUAACAGCAGAGUAAACAAAUUGAUUAAUAGUAUAGAUCACUCUCCUUCUAAAGUCAAACGUUCUAUAAGUAACCCUUCCUGCUCCCCUAAAAGAAAAAGAAAAUUCGGCUUCAAGAUUGUUGAUCAGCAACCUUUGAAAGAUCUUGAUCCAAAUGCGUUUCAUGGCUAA